AUGGAACGAUAUUCUGGAGAUGAAUUGCUGAAAUUUUCGAUUGAUAGACUUAUUUCAAACUUCAAUUCAGAUCAAAUAGAGGUGUUGAAAUGUGUAAAGUUAACUUCUGCUCUUGAUACUCCAUUAAGUUCUGAUCUUCGUGUCGACGAAAAUGGAAAAAUCCACCGUUUGAGACGUGAAUGUCCAGCAGAAACUUGUGGUGCUGGAGUAUUUAUGGCCGCACAUGAAAAUCGCGCUUACUGUGGAAAAUGUACAUUGACAUUCGUCGACAAGGAAUAAGAAAAAUC